GACCAAACUGUAGGUGCGAAUCGCACCGUGCGAUUGGGUGCGAUAGCUGUCUUUUUACAAAAGAGUGGUGUUUCUUGUGUAAAUUAAAUGAUACUUAACUAUUAAUUCAUUGACAAAAGUCCAAACUUAGUGGCGGUGCGGGGUUCUGUUUUCAAAUGUAAUCGCAGUACAUGUACAUACCGAAGAAACUAUGGCUUCCUUUUUGAAAUACCUUUUUGCCGGUUUGGUCCGGUAUUGGCUGAUGCACAUAGAUUACUGGCAAACAAUAUCGAACAGAGUGGAAAUAGCUACGCCUCUGAACUCUUGGAAGAGAUUAGUUGAAGGCGUAUACCUGUACGAUCAUAAUGUGAACCCUUACGAAGGAGAUGCCUUCCACGAAUCACCCAUAAUGCUCAUAAUCUUCUACUACAUCAUGAAGAAGGCUCCAUUCAUAUUGCCGCUUCUGUUUACGUUACUUGAUCUACUGACGGCGUAUUUGCUGUACAGAAUGUCGAAGGCUUUUGUUAGAAUUUUAAAGGACUCUCAAGAGAAAAUUAAGGAUGAGAUAGCUGAGGAUUCUAAGUCUAUGCUCCUGAGUAACUCGCAGCUGGAAGAAGCAUCCGAGUAUGUUCUGUCCGUGUAUUUGUUCAAUCCUUACUCCAUAUUGAACUGUGCCGGUAUGACAACUACAGUUAUUCAGAAUUUGUUAGUGGCAUCGGCAUUAUGGAGUGCAUCUGGUGGCCGUAGGGUGCCAGCUUGUGGGUUUGUGGCACUUGCUACACACCAGGCUCUCUACCCAGUGCUGCUCAUUGUGCCAGUGGCAAUAUUGCUGGCGGAUGUCAAUAAGGGAUGCAACAAGUGCUCCUAUAUCAGGACUUUGCUGGUAUUUGUCCUGUGCUGGGGAUUCCUUAUUUAUGUCUCUGCAUUUAUUAUGAAUGGUUCCUACCAGUAUGUGUACAACACUUAUGGGUUCAUAUUGACUGUACCAGACUUGAAACCAAACAUUGGUCUGUUCUGGUAUUUCUUUACAGAGAUGUUUGAGCACUUCAGACUGCUGUUUGUGUGUGCAUUCCAAAUCAACGCCCUGGCUCUGUAUGUGAUCCCCCUCACAUUGCGCUUCAAAACUGAGCCUAUUCUGCUUGCUACAGUUCUGAUUGCUAUCUCAGCCAUAUUCAGAUCUUACCCUUGUGUGGGAGAUGUUGGAUUUUACUUGGCUCUUUUACCUAUGUGGAAACAUCUAUUUACCUUUAUGCAACAGAAGUUCAUAGUUGGCUGUGCAUUCAUCAUUACUUCAGCACUUGGACCAACAGUUUGGCAUCUCUGGAUAUACUCUGGGUCAGCAAAUGCCAAUUUUUUCUUUGGUGUUACACUCUCUUUUGCAACAGCACAAAUAUUUUUAAUAACGGACUUGCUUUUUGCAUUUAUCAAGAGGGAAUUUACCCUUAAACAUGGCUCAUCACGAGAGGUAGACGGAAAACCUGCCAAGUUAGUGUUGCGAUAAUACCAAAGUUGUGUCAUUCCAGUGAUAAAUAUGUGAUUUCCUAAGACAAAAUGUACAACUUUGUUGGUUGUUAAUAAGGAUAAUUUGUAAUUGUAUGCCAAGCCAGUAAAAUAAUGUUGACAACCAACAACGGGAUACCUUUUACCAGAAAACAACAUUUUACAAUUAACAUUUACUCACUAUAUUAUUUUCUUAUUAAGUUUGUAUUACAUGAAUGCUCGAUAAUCUCGAGCAGAAGUUUAGUAUAUUAUGGGCGAUUUAUUGUAUUAUUGCAAUGACGAGUUUUUUACCUAAUGCUAAAUAUUCUAGUUUAAUGGGGUUGGCCGGUCGAAGUAUUCAGCAGACGGCGCCAGCAUAGGUUGCCCUGUCAAUCCCUAGAAUUGUGUCAAUUUUUUUUAAAUGGAAUUUUAUCGCCUGGAUGCCUGCCCUUUUAACAAAAUCUCAUAGAAAAAGGGGCAAGCUAUGAUGGCGCCAUCUAUUCAAACCUUUGACAGUUGCCAUUCAAUUACUUAAUAUUUACAUAAUGAUAUACACUUGCACAUUAAGUUAUUAAAGCCAUAAGGACAUCUCGUCUAGUAAAGUAUUAAUAUUUCUAAACGAACAAACUGUGUACACGUACAGUAAGCUGCAGAGUUAAGUGAAACAAAUUUCUCUGCAGCUUACUGUACAUCUACAAUUAAAACAAGUAAAAAGUUAUGAGAAUAUGUUCUUGAAUUUUAAGUUAACAUUUAAUUUUAAUUUAAUAUCAUGGUCAGGUAUUGGACUACUAACUUAUUUAUGUAGUGAAUUACUACCAGGUACUCCGGUGGCUGGUGAGAGAUUGAUUAACUGCUGUGGUUAUUUUUAUCAGUGUGCGACUGCUUUGUAUUAAAACUAAAUACUUAAACUAGAUUUAGACAAACAGAUAUUUUACUAGAAUAUUUACUACUAACUUACCAGCUGGGUUAAAUGGUAGGGUUGUAUUGUAUAUACUGCUAUAAAUAUAUGCAAAAAUGACAGUAGGAAAAAACUUUAUUUCUUGUAAAAUUACCUGUUUCCAUUUAUUUUUGCGGAUUAAGUAUUAAUAUACCUACGUUCAAAUUUAAAAGUGAGUGAACAUCUUAAACAUGUUUGGGUUGGUUGCACCAAACUGUUUGUCAUCGUUAAAGAGUUCGCUAAAUUUUAUUGUAUGGAAAGUUUCAUAGUAAACCGCCGCGGCGCGCCGGGUGACGUUAAUCAGUCUGUCAAGUGCGGAUGGUGCAAGUGGUGCAACUGACGCUUAGUAUCAAGUCUUAGUUCUAUGUGUACUUAUAGUAUAUUUAUAAGUGUGACAAGAUACUAAGUAAUACAUGCAAAUAGCGAAUUUACUGGCUGCAAUUGAAAAGAAGGAUUUUUUUGUUUUGUGAUGAAUGUUGAGUUAAAUGGGCUGUCUUAUUUAUCACAACUUAGAACUUAGUUAGUAUCUAUGAUUGUACUGAAGUCAAUAAAAACCAAAAUAUUUUUUUAAAA